CAAAUUUAAAAAGACUUGAAUCCGAAAACGUUUUCAAUACUAAAAACAGAGGAAAAAUUCAAACCUCUUGAAAGAUUCUUCUUCUGUCAGUAGCAAAAUCAUUUCUUUAUUCAGGCCGGCCGCCACCCGCGUGGAAGGAAUGAACAAAUUGGUACUGAUGAAUCCAACAAACACAAAAAUUUAUGUAUAAAGCAACCUGUCACAGAAUUUAAUAUCAGUUAAAUCUGGUAUGUAUUUGUGAUCUGUCCUGUAGCAUUCACUGUCAAGCCAAUUCAAUUCUUGUGAAGCAAGCUAGGAGAAAAACCCUCACGGUUUGGGGAUUCUAUUUUAUUUUUAAUCUUUACAGCCAUACGGCAAAUCACCUGAGUGAGGAAUUUUCUAUGCGGUUACCGAACAACUCAAACUUGUUGAGUACUGACGUGACUCAUCUUUACCGACGGUUUGAUCCAUGACGGUGACAGAUCUGACGCCAUUGUUAUUGUUUGCAUAUCAGAAAUAUAGGUGCUUUCUGAGUUAAAAUAUUUUUGGGUUGUUAGAAAGAGCUCUGCUUGUAGAAGCCCACUUUUAUUUCUGUUGCUUUCAAAACCUGAAAGGUGUUUUGCCUUUUCACAAUUUUCCUUUUUCUGUAAUAAAUUUCUCUGUUUAGAAAGGAUCUGCGGGACAAGCUGUAGAAAAUAGUUUUAAAUUUCUGUAGCUUUACUAUGCUUUGGUAUUUUUGCGGUGUUUGGUAUUUUAAAGGGGAUGGGUGUAGGGAAAGAGAAAGAUAAGGACAGAGGAUUAGUCCGUGGAUCUGGUUGUAACUGUAUGGAGAUAAAGAUUCUCAUAAUGACAAUAUUAGCCAUGGGAAUUAUGGUUAUCGCCAGCCAGAUCUUUCCAUUUGGAGGAUUUAGCAGCGGGUCUUGUGAAAAAUUGGUAGGCAAAAUUUUACAGAAAGAAUCAGGCCUGCAGGUCAAUUUAAGCAGAGUUGAUAAUAUGGCUUUUAACAGCACCGCAGGGCCUGCUAAAUCUGAGGAAUUGCCAUCAAAAGAGGAGGAGGAGGAAGAGAGCAAGAACAAGCAGGUGUUUAGAGCGUAUGGCAGGGCGGCCUACUUGUUUAUCCAGAUGGGAGCUUACAGAGGCGGUGCCAAUACUUUUGCUGUGGUUGGACUGGCAUCAAAGCCGCUGCAUGUUUAUGGUAAGCCAGGGUUUGAAUGCGAGUGGAUUCCCGGGGAUUCGACCCUGCGACCUGUGAAAGGUAAAGCCCUUAAAAUUCUGCCUGAUUGGGGUUAUGGCAGGGUUUACACGGUGGUGGUCGUCAAUUGCACUUUUGCAGAGCCCGUUGGUGAUGAUGGCGGUGGAGGGCAACUGAUUCUUUAUGCCAACAAUGGCCAGGAUUUUGAGCAUCCAGAGCGAAUCCUUGCUCUGAACGAAAAGGAAAAAUCCUACAAUGCCUCUGUUUUUACAGGGCCGCCCCCUUAUGAUUAUCUCUACUGUGGAUCGUCUUUGUAUGGAGAUCUGAACCCACAGAGAAUGAGGGAAUGGAUUGCUUAUCAUGCAAAAUUCUUUGGGGCGCGCUCCCACUUUGUUUUUCAUGAUGCAGGAGGCGUGAAUUCUGAGGUUAGGGAAGUGCUGGAACCAUGGAUUCAGGCCGGGCGGGUGACAUUGCAGGAUAUCAGAGAUCAGGAACAGUUUGAUGGGUACUAUCAUAAUCAGUUCUUGAUUGUUAAUGAUUGUUUGCACAGGUAUAAAUUCAUGGCUAAAUGGACCUUCUUUUUCGAUGUGGAUGAAUUUCUGUACAUUUCUCGCGGCCGGAGUAUCGAUUCAAUUGUUCAAGAAUAUUCCGGUUACACUCAAUUCACAAUUCAACAGUACCACAUGUCGGAUAAAAUUUGCCUGGACCACAGUGAUUCUGCAAAACAUUCCAGAGAAUGGGUUUUUGAGAAACUGGUGUUCAGAGACGUAGCGAAGGGCAUUAGGAGGGAUCGAAAAUAUGCUGUGCAGGCCAGAAAUGUUGAAGCUACAGGCGUUCACAUGUCUGAAAACUUCCAUGGCAAAAAGAAGCAUACAAUGGACAUGAUCCGUUACUACCAUUACCACAACACGCUUUCCAACAGAAAGGAGCUGUGCAGGAUAUUCGUAAAGCCCUCCAUGAAAGGCAAUGUGACAUGGAUCGAAGGCACUCCAUAUGUAUAUGAUGGUAGGUUGAAAGCUUUAGCCCCCUCCAUUAAACAGUUCGAGAUAGAGCAAAUAGGAUCUAAGCUUGCAUCUACUGCACAAUGAAUUUAAAAAACAAACCAGUUCUUUUUAGUUCAAGCUGACAUGCCCAUCAAGCAUGACAUGAAGAAAAACGAGAAACUUUGCAGUAAACAAAGAAUCAGAUUGACCAAACGGUGAGCAAAGCAACCAUUGAGCAUGGGCAAAGCUUGAAUCGUGUUUUUCCAGAGCGGUGGGUGACCAUUUGUGAGGGAUCUAGUCUGUAUAUAUGUAUUGUGAAUACAGAGGUCAUGUGUUAGAAAAGUUGAUCAUUGCUAUGCUAUAGCAAUUGUUGUUGUUUCAAUUAUGUCCACAUUUUUUUAUUGAAUACCAAUUACUAAUAAGAGUUUGCUAUUAACUAGUUGUUUUC